AGCGGGGCUGGGCGGGACGGAUCGGGGCGGUGCUGCGGGCGGCCGGCGCGGUGCCCAGAACAUCAGUUUCUGAGAGGAAAAGCUGAGAGAGUUAACAACACAAACUGAUGGACCAUUACAUCUUCCAAAAUGAGCCUGUUGAAAAUUUUCUACUGGAAACUAACGUGUCUUGAAGUGAGAAGAAUUCAGUGCUGGACUGUCCUAAACAUUAUUCAUGGUGCAACUUCAGAGAACAGCUCGACUUACCUGACUUGAAGAAGAGGCACAUGUGCAGUAAGCCAAGAGGACAUGGGCUUUCAGUGCAUCUGGAAAAAUGAUCAGGUACUGGGUCCACGUGUCACAUCUGAAUUGUGCUGUACUAAUUCUCUAAGUACCAACUCAGCCCAUCUCCUUGAUGCACACUCACGGCAUCAUGGCCAGCACCCAGGAGCGCCUGAGCUUGUCUUCCUCUCCAAACUCAAUUGGCAAAGCUUUCUGUGAAGAUAAAGACUUUAGCAGGUUACACGAUGAACAUGCACCUACUGCAAACCACCCGUCCCCCGAGCUCAUCGAGGACGUGCGUGAGAAGGGCUUGCUGCAGGCAGACCUCAUCGACAACAUGAGCAGCCCGGUGACUGCGGCAGUGCUGACCAGCAUCAGCGAGGACUCCAGGGACCAGUUUGAGAACAGCGUGCUGCAGCUGCGAGAGCAGGACGAGUCUGAAACAGCCAUUCCUCAGGGCAACAGGAACACUGUGGAUGGAGAAAGCAACAGCGGGGCGGAUGAUGUUAAAGUGCAGUUCAACAGAUCAGGCAGUGGGAGCGGUGGCUUUCUGGAGGGACUUUUUGGUUGUCUCAGGCCCGUGUGGAACAUCAUAGGCAAGGCUUACUCGACUGACUACAAACUGCAACAGCAAGACACCUGGGAGGUGCCAUUUGAGGAGAUCUCAGAGCUGCAGUGGCUGGGCAGCGGUGCACAAGGAGCUGUCUUCCUGGGCAAAUUCAGGGCAGAGGAGGUGGCCAUCAAGAAAGUGAGAGAUCAGAAUGAAACAGACAUCAAGCACCUGAGGAAACUCAAACACCCCAACAUCAUUGCAUUCAAAGGAGUUUGCACUCAAGCCCCGUGCUACUGUAUUAUCAUGGAGUACUGUGCACACGGGCAGCUCUACGAAGUCCUGAGAGCAGGGCGGAAAGUCACCCCGCGACUGCUCGUGGAUUGGUCCACGGGCAUUGCAAGUGGGAUGAAUUAUCUGCACCUUCACAAAAUCAUCCAUCGAGACCUCAAGUCACCAAAUGUUUUAGUUACACACACAGAUGCGGUAAAAAUUUCAGAUUUUGGUACAUCUAAAGAACUGAGUGAUAAAAGUACCAAAAUGUCCUUUGCUGGAACUGUGGCUUGGAUGGCCCCUGAGGUGAUACGCAAUGAGCCCGUCUCUGAGAAGGUGGAUAUCUGGUCCUUUGGAGUGGUUUUGUGGGAGCUGCUUACAGGAGAGAUUCCCUACAAGGACGUGGACUCUUCAGCCAUCAUUUGGGGAGUGGGCAGUAACAGCCUGCACCUUCCUGUCCCUUCCACCUGCCCAGAUGGCUUCAAAAUCCUCAUGAAGCAGACCUGGCAGAGCAAGCCACGGAACCGACCCUCCUUCCGGCAGACACUGAUGCACCUGGACAUCGCAUCUGCUGACGUGCUGGCUACUCCUCAGGAAACCUACUUCAAAUCACAGGCUGAAUGGAGAGAAGAAGUGAAGAAACAUUUUGAGAAGAUUAAAAGUGAAGGGACGUGUAUCCACCGGCUGGAUGAAGAGCUGAUUCGUCGUAGAAGAGAAGAGCUGAGACACGCCUUGGAUAUCCGCGAGCACUACGAGAGGAAGUUGGAACGAGCCAAUAACUUAUACAUGGAGCUCAGUGCUAUUAUGCUGCAGCUGGAGGUCCGUGAGAAGGAGCUCAUAAAGAGGGAACAAGCAGUGGAAAAGAAGUACCCCGGGACUUACAAACGGCACCCAGUCAGACCAAUAAUCCACCCCAAUACAGUGGAGAAGCUGAUGAAGAGGAAAGGAGUCUCCCAUAAACCAGGCAGCCAGACUAAACGGCCGGAUCUGCUCAAGUCAGAGGGCAUACCCAGCACGGAAGCAGCGUCCAACAGCUCACCAGUCUCAGGAAGUCCCAAAAUGUCGACGUUGAGCGGCAAAAGCCGCUACCGCAGCAAACCCCGUCACCGCCGAGGGAACAGCAAAGGCAGCUACAACGACUUCGCAGGGAUCUUGAAAAACCAGCCAGCGCAAGACGAUGCAUCCCCACCCCCCCCUCCUCCUCACCCCCACCAGCCGGGCCUGCCGCAGCAGCCUGGCCACGGCCUCCCCCACGGGCAGCACUCCCGGCUGCACGCGCACGGGCAGGACAUCGCCGCCUGCGCCAACAACCUGCGGUACUUCGGGCCGGCGGCGGCGCUGCGCAGCCCCCUCAGCAACCACGCUCAGCGCCGCGUCUCCGGCUCCAGCCCCGACCUCAUCUCCGCCGCCGUGGAGGCCGAUUGCCGCAGGAGCCUGGAGAGCAAGGAGAGCGGAGCCGGGGGCUGGGAGUGCUGCAGAGCGGAUCCCUACGACUCCUGCCUUCAGUGCAGGGAGGAGGACGGUGGGCAGGGACAGGUGGCUUCUGACAGGAGCCGCUCGCAGUCGCCGGCAGCCGUUCCGCUGUACGAGAACGCACAGUUCAUUGAGAAGAUGGAGGAUGAAGGCUUCAGCAACUGCCAGUCAGCGUCCACCCUAGGCACUCCCCAGCACAUGGCUGCUUCAGCGCUGCCUUGCAAAGCAAGGCCCCUCCAGAAGAGCGGUGAUGACUCUUCAGAAGAGGAAGAGGGCGAAGUAGACAGUGAAGUGGAGUUUCCUCGUAGACAAAGACCUCACCGCUGCAUCAGUAGCUGUCAGUCCUACUCAACCUUCAGCUCAGAGAACUUCUCCGUGUCAGAUGGAGAGGAGGGGAACACGAGUGAUCAUUCCAACAGCCCAGAUGAGCAGGCUGCCAAGCUGGAAGAUGAGCUGGCUGAGAAGCUGGAGGACAUGCUGUCACAGACCCCUGAGAUCCCCAUUGAAAUCUCCACCCAGUCUGAUGGUCUUUCAGACAAAGAGUGCGCUGUGCGGAGGGUGAAGACUCAGAUGUCUCUGGGCAAACUUUGUGCAGAUGAACACAGCUGUGAGAACCAAGCACAGUUUGGAGAAUCAGACUGUGACUCUUCUGAAGGGGAGUGUUCUGAUGCCACAGUCAGGACCAAUAAGCCCUGCAGCUCCGCUACUUGGUAAUACAGAUCUCCCCCAAAGCUUCCCGAGACCGGCAGUUUGAUUUCCCUGAGAUUCCACUUCAUUCCCCUUCAUCACACUUUACAGGAAGAGAAGAUGCUUCUCCUUCCCACCCCAGGAGUGAUUUGCAAUAACCCGAAUCUCUGGAAAAAUGUCCAAAUGAAAUUAAUUCUCUUUGAGCAUUUCAAUCAAGAAUGGCAGGGAUGUAUUUUAUUGAAUAAUCUAGUUACUGUAACAUGGAUAUUUAUUUUUUUGACAUUUUAACACUUUUUACUGUAAAGAGUGGAUUGUAUUUAUAGACACACAGACUUGUUGCAAAAAAAAAAAACAAAAACACACACAAAAAAAAUCAGUUGAGAAAGCAAGCACAUGACAGAGAACCAUCCUGGGAGUCCUGCCUGGACAGCUGUGUGCGCAACACGGGGAGGAUUCUCUCGCUGCUUUCACAGGGGACCAGGCCUCGUGGCCCUGAAGACUGGAGAACAGAUCAAGAACACUAAACCACUCAAGUCUUAUCAAAUGAGGAAGCAUAAAAAGACCUUACUGUAGGGUAACCUGUGAACAAAAAGAGCAUUCAGUAUAACCAGCUGGGUCAUUUUUAAUCAGAAGGUGGACAUGUUCCUGGAGAAAAUUGGUGCCGAGGUGCUAACAUCCAGGGUCUUCUGAGUCGAUGCAUCCCCAGGAAUGUAAUGGUGGGGUUUCUUUCCAGGAUUUUUUGUUUCUUUUUUUGUUUUUUUUAUAAAGCAGCAUUUUGUUGUGAGAUCCUGCAAAUGUAUUCUAACCUUGUCCUCGAGAAUUGGUACAAGAGCACUUCUUACCAUCGUCCUUGCUUCAACCCUGGCAGUGUCCAUCUCCGGCUGAGCAGGGAGACCUUUCUCAGAUGCAGUGUGCCAUUUCCCAGUUUACUUCCUCCUCUUACCUCCUGUCUGUUUCAGUCACUCAAAAGAAGUCAAUCAAACCAGUGUUGGAAAAGCAAGAACUUGCAAAUGGUGGAAAGCACAUUCUGCAGAGCCUGAGCCCUCUCAUGGGGAGGACACUGGAGGCACCUGUGCUGAACUUGGAGAAGCAGUCUCUCACCUUCCACAGCGUCGAGAACCAGCAGAGAGCUGUGUGUUGAGGGGGAAGACUGGGAAUCACUGGCCUGGAGGGGAGCAUCAGCCCUGCUCUGUCUCCGUAGUCACUGUACAUUCUCGAAAGCAUUAAGAGCUGCCUGUGAGGCUUUGUGCAAAAGCAGGUUGCAGCAGGGAAUCUCGAUGGUGGCUGUGGCACAGCCGCGUCUCGGGUGCGACCCCGAGGCCUCUGUUUCUCCUUCAAGCUGAAACUCUGCAGGUGGGAGUGAGGAUAGUCCUGGCUUGUGGCGGUGGCAGAGGAGAACAACAUGGUUUUCUGAUAGAACUCAUAGUGCCUUCCCUUCAAACACUACUCUUCUAAAUCAAUAUUUAAAGAGAACAAAACGCUAGAGCACGUUGUCCCCCUUCCCACAGCCCCCCCUUGCCCCCUAGUUGACGUCCCCCUGCGAGAGCUUUCCCUCUGCCCCCGGGAGCGGGCACUGCUCUGCAGACUGGCACAGCAGCCUGAGGUGAACAGCAGGAGUGGACCACGGACAGGUACUUCUGUUGCUUUGUUUGUUUACAUUAUUAUGUUAAACUAUUGAGUUUGGAUUGAAACUGUGGUAAUUUAUAGCCUGAUGGCAAAAUGAAGGAAAGAUGUCUUACUUCUCCAGAGAGCAGUAUUGUAUGAGUUAAAUUAUCCCGUAUUUUUUCAAUUUCUGUAGCUGGACUACACACAGAUCUUAAGUUAUGAUGUUAUUUUAUUAUUUAUUAUCAUUUCUGUAGAUCAGAAGGUUGGCUUCACCCUGUUAGCACAAUUGCAAUCUGUCUGUGUGGUGUUACCUCCUCCCCAGUGGGAUCAGAGCUGCUCUGAGGUGCUGCCUCUCGGGUCCCAGCUGCAGGGCUGGAUGCAGGCAGCCCCCUGGGCUGUUCCUCCCUGUUGCUGGUGUUGCCAGUAGAGUUGGUUGUCCCUGAGCUGGUGAUCAGGGAGUGCUUUUGAGUUGAUCACAAAGUGAGUAACUGUCAUGAGAUUCUCCCUUCCUCAGCAAGAGCAUCCAAAAGGACCCAUGGAGAGGAGUGCCAUUGCUCUGGGCAGCAGGUAUGAGGUGAGGGGUGGCCAGCAGUGGAUCCCCAGGGUGGGUCACCCACGCAGGACCAAACAGCAACCAGCUCGCCCCUGCCUGCAGCAGCAAUACUCAGCUCUGGGUGGAGACAGAAUGCUGUGGGGAGUGAAGCUCUUUCCUGGCUUGUUUCUUGUUUAUUCUCUCUUCCCAUGCCUUGUUUCUCUUCCCCAAUGUUCUCUGACUCUUGGCCAGCAGCAGGAGGAGGUGCCAGGGCCAGAGAUGGCUUUGCUGUUGCGGUGUGAGAGGGGUUUUGGUGCAGAAGGGGUAGCGCAGAUGGUUACUCAGGAGGCUGGAGGCUGGGGUGCAGGAAUUCAGCAGUGGAGAAGUGUGUGCAUGUCACAUACACAAAGACCAAACUGAUACUUAAAGAGAGGUUGAAAACUCCCAUCCACGUCCCCCCCAGCAGAGGCCUCUGGAGAGCCAGUGUCUCUGGGGCCUGGCAGGCAUCCCACGCAGGGCUGGUGGCUGCCUGUGGGCAGUGCCAGUCAGCCCAGGCCAGGGCCCUGCAGUGCCCACUGGCCACAGCCCCAUGCAGAGCUGCCUCCAGAGUCUCUAUGCAGGCCCUGCUGUGAUUCAGUCCCUAACAAAAACAUCCCAGAGGGGUUUUGGUGCCUGUGGUCUCUGCUUAAAGCUCCUCCCCCGUGUGAUGAAGCUCCCUUGGACCUGCAGAGAAGCACAGCAGCUUUGAUGGCUGGGAUUUUGGGAGCCUUCUCGCCCAGUUGAGCUAGAGAUGUGCUGAUUCCUCCUCCUCCUUGCCCCAGGGACGUGCUGGCCCCUCGUGCAGCCUGGCAAAGCAGAUCUCAGCCCUUCAGCGCAUUUGCAGCUCUGGUUUCUUUACACACCCAGAUUGCUCCUCUACUAUGCAGCAUCCCUGUGGGACUGCCAGUGGGGCUGCCCUCACCUAAACCCAACCCCUGUGCCCAGGGAGGUGUCACCACAGCCGCCUCCUGCACCCCCUGCCCUCGGCUGUGUGGGGCAGGAGUGGUUCAGCACCAGGAUGGGUGCUGGCAGUUCUGCAGGGGGCAUUUUCCAUAGUGCCCCCUCUCCCCCAGAAUUGCACACAGAGGGGGAUCUCCACGUUGCUGUAUGGAGCUGGAGCUCCUCACCCUUCUUCUCCUGGCAAGGUAUGGGUUGGACAGGGAUGUGAAAGGGCCUCCUUCCUCCUGGCAGCAACCCCCCUUUGCAGGGCAGAAGUUCCCUCUUCAGCAUCCCACCUACCCCAGCCCAGCUCUCGUGGCUGCUGACAGCUCCUCAACACUAGCCUAGAUUUUCUCCCAGAGCUGAAUGUUGCCUUUCCCUACUGUCGUGUUAAGUAGCCAUUUCAUCCUGGCCCUGUCCAGUAGUGUUCAUCUCUCUCUCUCCUCCCUGCUCUGCAGAUUCCUGAGACAAACUUGAUUAUUUUCUUUUUGUAUUGAACAGUGUACAGUGAUGGAAACAAGAAUGACUAUCAAAGCAAACA